AAAACACUUCCCCAGUCAACACCUGAGUAUUGGAGCAUCUAUUAUCUCAUUAAAUCGACUCAGGGAUAUAUAUCGCCAUCAUUUUGAACCAUUUGACUUUUCGCAUACAAAUAUAUUAAGAUGGCGAAGAAACCCGAUCCAAAUCAAAUCGUCUAUGUAUAUCUCCGUCAGCUCGGUGGUGAAGUAGCACCUUCAUCUGUGCUCGCCCCUAAGCUGGGUCCUCUUGGUAUGUCUCCCAAGAAGGUGGGUGAUGAUAUCGCCAAGGAGACUUCCAACUGGAAAGGAAUCAAGGUUACCGUUAAGCUGACCAUCCAGAACAGGCAGGCUAAGAUCGAAGUUAAGCCAUCGGCCACUGCUCUCUUGAUCAAAGAGCUCAAGGAACCACCACGUGAUCGUAAGAAGGUUAAGAACAUUAAGCAUAGUGGUAACCUGACAUGGGAACAACUUAUGACAGUAGCUCGUACUAUGAGGGAGAAUUCUAUGGCCAAGACUUUGGCUGGUACCGUUAAAGAGAUUUUGGGUACCUGCUUCGCUAUUGGUUGCACUGUGGACAAUGAAAAGCCCCGUGUGCUCCAAGAGAAGAUUGACAGCGGCGAGAUUGAAAUCCCUGCCCAGUAAACCUGAACAUAACGUUGAUGUUAUAAUCCAUAUCUCCGAUACGUGAUUAUUGAAUCUAGAGUCCCAUGUCUAACAAUGA